AUGGCAACCAAGGUGAAGGGCCUUUUCAAGGGGCUCAGAAGCAUUCCCAAGAUGUUCGAUGAUGGGAAAGAAGAAGAAAUGCAGAUUGGUUUUCCCACAGAUGUGAAGCAUGUAGCUCAUAUCGGUUGGGAUGGACCGUCACAAGUCGGUUCCUCCCCAAGCUGGAUGAAGGAGUUCAAAGCCUCGAACGGACACCAAUCGGCACCUUUAGAUUCGAACGGAAAAAUCAUUGAGGGCCCUGAAAUAAAAUGGGUUUCUGAAGAUACUAAAAAAGGCAAUAGAGCAACAGAGUCCCCUGAAAUCUCAAGAUCCUCGAGGCGCGAAAACAACAACUCGAACGAGUCUCCGAGGAAAAAAGACUCGUCCACUAAAUCGAGGCACUCGAGGAGAAACCACUCCAAGGACUCGUCCGAAGGUGGUAGCGUCAAGUCGGGACGGGACGAGUCGGGCAGGCCCGACUCUCCGUCGCGGGCCCACCCAGACCUCGCCAAGAAAUCGCGUCGGAAGAAGCCCAAGGAGGAUGGAGGCGGGUCAACCCGAUCAAGGCACAAGGAUUCGGAUGGUGGGUCGACUCGGUCAAGGUCAAAGGACUCGGAUGGUGGGUCGACUCGGUCAAGGUCAAAGGACUCGGAUGGCGGGUCGACCCGAUCAAGGUCAAAUGACUCGGUCUCGGAGGGAAACGGGUCCUUGCGACCGAGAGCCAAACCCACUUCUUGUGGGGCAUCAGCGUACUCGGAUAACGGGCCACUAACCGGAACCAUUGAUGAGGAGAAGGAAAGAAGAGUAAUUUCUUGA